AAAGACACUCUGUAGCCUCCCUCCACUCCCAGUUCCGAGGGAUGAUAUGGCAGAGACUCGUACAAGCCUGUUGGAACCACGACUUUCACGCUUUUAUUUCCCGUUUUGAAGAAACAGAUAAUCCGCUUGAAGAUCAAAAUGGAGUAUAAUCUGAUUCAGCCCUCUGUUGCGGUUCUAAUCUCAUCGAUAAUCGCUCUUAGGGCAUAUCGAAGGAAAUCCUUGGACCUCUCUGGAGCUCUAGCGGGAUUUAUUGUUAUGUCAACACACUUCGCCAUCAGUUACAGAUACGGAGCCGUGCUUUUGGUAUUCUUUUUCACUUCCUCUAAGCUUACCAAGGUUGGGGAAGAGAAGAAACGAGUCGUUGAUGCCGAUUUUAAGGAAGGUGGUCAAAGAAAUUGGAUUCAAGUUCUUUCUAAUAGUGGUAUUGCUACAGUUUUGGCUGUGGUUAUUUGGAACGUUUCAGGAUGGCAAGAUAAAUGCCUGGACUCUAAAGACUCGGCUCUUGUCACUGGCCUCAUUGGCGGGAUUCUUGGGCACUACUCCUGCUGCAAUGGGGACACGUGGUCUUCUGAGCUUGGAAUUCUUAGUGAUGCAACACCUCGAUUGAUCACAACCUUCAAGCCUGUUCGUAAGGGUACAAAUGGUGCUGUUACAAAUGCAGGGCUCCUUGCAGCUGCAGCUGCAGGUGGUGUCAUAGGAUUGGCGUUUGUUCUCAUCGGUUUUUUCACUACAGAAUGUGCUUAUGGCACAGCACUGAAACAGCUAUUGGUAAUUCCCCUGGCAGCCAUGGCUGGACUUUGUGGAAGUGUCAUAGACUCUCUAUUGGGAGCAACAGUGCAAUUCAGUGGAUUCUGCACUGUUCGUAAUAAGGUCGUUGGAAAACCAGGACCAACAGUAAAAAAGAUAUCAGGUCUCAACAUUCUUGACAACAAUGCUGUCAACCUUGUCUCAGUAUUAUUAACCACACUGCUCACUGCAAUUUCAUGCAUCUACAUUUUUUGAACGAUAUCUACAAUUUCAAGAUAAAGCCAGAGGCAUUUUCUACAGAUAUCGGGAUAGGCAAGGUAACCAUUCUUAAUACAAUAAACUUGGAUUUGUUAUGGUUGUCGUGUGUUUCUCUGCUCAUUUUGAGUCACAAAGGAGGAAGACUUUUCCAUUAAUUUAUAAAGCCUUAUGUCUAAGAUUUUGUUUUAAUCCCGAGCCCCUCACAUGGAAGGGGGAGAACAUGGCCACCAAACCUCUGGACCUACCUGUUGAAGCUACGUCAAGAUUGACCUCAGACUUGUUUAUCUAAAUUAGGGGGGAUUGUAUUAGUUCAUAAACAUAUAUCCCUUUCACUAGUUGACUUCGGGUUUUGGUAGUCAGUAUGGUUUCCAAAUAAAUGGACAAACUUUAGGUCUUAUUUGCUUCUUUUUUCCAAUUUUUUGUUUUUUGGUGUUUAACCAUUGUGGGUGGGGGAUCAAACUUUUAACCUCAAUAAAGAUAAUUGGUACUAUACCCACUAUGCUAUACUUUGAUUGACACGAA